AGGCCAACAAUUGAUCGAGAUUGCAAUAACACACCUCCAUUCCACAUACAUACCAUUGAUUAGUUUGUGCAUCGGCUGACCAUGGCGAGGCUCUUCACCAUCAUCUCCUCCUUCGCCGUCCUUCUUCUCCUCCUCCUCAUAACUGAGGUCUCCCUCCCCGCCGCGGCCAAAGAUGGCGACGACGCCAACGUCAACAAGUUGUGCGCCGAUACGCCCUACCCUGACCUUUGCGCCUCCAUGAUCAUGCGCUACGACGAGUGGAAGGGCAUGGACGACGAGAAGCUGGUGGGGACGGCGGCGCUCACCACCGCCACCCUCCUCCUUAAAGCAGCCGGGGAUGCGUGCCCGGGCGUUCAGAGGGAACGCUACCCGGAUCUGACCAAGGCCGACGAGGUCUGCUUUGAAACCUGCUACAAGGAGCUGACCAACGCUGGCGAAGCACUCGACAAGUUGUGCACGACCAAAGAGGGCGUGGACGACAUCGGGUCGGCCCAGCUCCCAGAAAUCCAUGGCUUCAUCAAGGAGAACAAGGGGGCGCAUGCCAAGUGGAAUUGCGACAGGUGUCGCCCAGCGAAUGACAAGAAGACACCCGACGAUGUUUCCACCAAGAACGAUGCCGAGAAGGCCAUGGAUGUCCUGGACGUGCUCGUCAACAAAGUCACCAAAUAAAGAAAACCAUCCAUUGCCUACUAUUAGCUCUUGUUAAAGUUGUUUGAUUAUUAGUUUCCUUGACUAUGUAUGCGCCGUCAUGGUUUUGUUUUCUCGCUCACUUUGAUAAUUGAACAAAUUAAAUAGAGUAUAUGUUUACGCUUG